AUGUCAUCGCCGUCUCCGCCGCCGGCCUCAGCCGCGCUCCGCCCAUGGCCGCUUUUCCUGAACUUCUCAGCCCUAAGCCUCCCGAUCUCACUUUCCGAAUCCACGUACCGCGUCUCUCAGAAUCUCCGAUUUUUCCUCCCCAACUACGCCGCCCUCACUAUCCUCGUCUUCCUCCUCACGCUCAUCACGCGCCCCCUCUCCUUACUACUCUUCGUUAGCAUCUUCGCCGCCUGGGUCUACCUGGUUUUCUGGCGCGACGAGCAACUGACGGUCUUCAAUUACGACGUCGAUCAGAAAAUAGUCGUCGGGCUUCUCGCCGUGAUUACCGCGAUCGCCGUCUUCUGGACCGGAGUUUGGCUGAAGCUGUUGGUGGCUCUGGUCAUCGGGGGUUCGAUCGUGGUCGUUCAUGGGGUUUUGAGGGCGCCGGAGGACUCCAUGGAGGAUUCACCGUACGGGUCGCUGCUGAAUGUCGUGGAUAGUCCGAGAGGAGAUUAUGCCAGUGUUUGA